CGUGAGCGGGCCCGGCGCUUCCUUGCUGCAGCCCGGGCCCCGCGUGGGAAGCACGGCCCCAGAAAGCCGGGCCAGAGCCUCCGUCCCCGGGCCGCCUCGGUGCAUCUUCAGCCCGGGCGAGCCCGGCCCGGAGCAUGGCUGAGAAGGUGCACGGGAAGCUGGGGCACGUUAUGGCCAACCCUGCAGCCGCAGCUAAGCUGCUCUCUCUGAGCGGGCUGUUUGCUGUGUAUAAACCCAAGGGGCCCACUUCGGCUAAUGUGCUCAACCAGCUGAAGGAGAAGCUGCUGGCAGAAGCUGGUAUACAAAAGUGUGCAAGAAAAAGGAAAAAACAGAUUUUGAAGAUUGGACAUGGUGGGACUCUAGAUAGUGCAGCUGCAGGAGUUCUGGUGGUCGGUAUUGGAAAAGGAACUAAAAUGCUGAGCAGUAUUUUGGCAGGUUCCAAGAAGUACAUGGCCAUUGGAGAAUUGGGAAAAGCUACUGAUACAUUAGAUGCUACUGGAAAAGUAACUGAAGAAAAGCCUUAUGAUCAGAUAACAAAAGAAGAUCUUGAACGUGUGCUGCAAAAGUUCACAGGGGACAUAAUGCAAGUUCCUCCACUCUAUUCUGCUCUGAAGAGAGAUGGACAGAGGCUGUCGUCUCUGAUGAAGAAAGGAGAAGCAGUGGAAGCAAAGCCUGCUAGGCCGGUUAUGGUGUACAGCCUCUCUCUCCAAAACUUCCAGCCACCGCUGUUCACGCUGGAUGUUGAAUGUGGAGGUGGCUUUUAUGUGAGAAGCCUGGUCAGUGACAUUGGAAAAGAACUCUCUUCCUGUGCCAAUGUGCAAGAGCUGACCCGAACCAAACAAGGACCAUUUACACUAGAGGAGCAUGCACUUCAUGAAGACAAAUGGACAAUUGAUGAAAUUGCACAGUCCUUGGAGCAUUGCAUGUCUCUUCUUGCAGUAGAGCCAUCUCUUAAAAAAUUAAAGACUGAACAUUCUGAAGAAUCCACAGUGAAUUGUGAAGAUAAGUGAUGUCAGGUCAAGGAAAAAGACUGAGUGAUUGAGACAUUUUAAGAUUGGAAUGGGAUUGUCUUGCCUUGGUGUGUAAAUUUACAACCUUGUGCAUUGAGGAUGACAAAUUGCAAGGCAAAGAAAACGAUCCUUUUCUAUCUUUUUCUUGUGCUAAGAUACAUGCACGCGCACACAGUGUCCAGCAUUUAUUAUUUCGUCACUCAUAUUCUGCACUGCACACUGUAAAUGGGUCUGCCACUAAUGUAAACUCCUCAUUGUACUCUUGAAAGACCUUGCAAGAUACAUUUUUGAUACAUUUGAAAUAAAAACUUUAAGUUUAGAUUUUGUGAAAUGUUCCUGGAAGGGGGAAAUAAUUCAUUUUCUUUCUGUAGCUGUUAGUCAAAUUCAGAUAUUGGAAAAUAGAAACAGAAUUCCAUGCCAAUUUGGAAGAUGCAAAAAUGUGGAAUGGCACUUUUAUUUUGAGUUCUUAGGAGAUUUCUUGAAAUAGAAAUGAUGCCCUUGUAGUCCUUAUUACAUGGAUUGGUCUGUCAAUGGAAUUUCAUUGAGGGGCUGGUCAGCAUUGCCCUGAAUGAGUUGUAAUAUAAUAAAUACCAUGAUGAAAAUUUCAGUUUAGCUGAACUGCUUAUGCAUGUAAACAGUAAGAAAUGCAAUAUUGUCACAGACUCUCUCUCUGCAUAGAGAUGCGCAUAUCUUCAUAUUGGUAAUAUUUCAUAAUUUGUCUGCAAAUAAAUUGAGA